UGGCCUGGUUUUAAGCUAAAGUACCAACUAUGAAUAGAAUAGCGAAAAGAUUCUUGGCCACCUCAGCCGAAUCAAUACAACAGACACAAUACAAUGUCUUUGAUAGAGGCGCAAAACUCAAGCAUAGAUCCCUUAUACCAAGACUGAACCCUAGUUUAUCCCGUAAGAAAGACUACUUGAAGGACGAUGUAGCAAUCAAAACCAUAGAGAGAUUGGGGUUUAUAACUAGACCAAUGGAUAAGGUGUUGGAUUUUGGAAGUCAUAACGGAAGUUUCCUUAAGAAUUUAUGCAUUACCGAGGAUAUACCUCAGCAGGGUAUUGACCAGGCAGAUGUGGAAAUGUUGAAACAGUUGAAUAAAGACAAGGAGAGCAUUCGUGGCAAGAUUAAGGAGUUGGUGAUGUUUGAUUCUUCCGAGGCGCUUCUUAAUAGAGAUAUAGACGAGGAGUAUGCCAAGGUGUUUCCGGGUAAGGUGACUCGUGUAGUUGGAGAUGAAGAACGUUUCAAUCAUGAAGUUUUAAAAGAGAAUGAAUACGAUGCUGUCAUUUCUAAUUUGAGCUUGCAUUGGAUCAACAAUCUCCCACAAACGUUAGCAAAUAUAAAUAAAGUUCUUAAACCAGAUGGGCUCUUUAUGGGUACAUUAUACGGAGGAGACACUUUAUAUGAACUCAGAACUUCGUUGCAAUUAGCUGAGUUAGAAAGACGAGGAGGUAUAUCGCCAAGAGUCAGUCCAUUAGUGAGAGUCAACGACAUUGGAAAUCUUCUUAAUCGAGCCGGAUUUGGGAUGUUGACCAUAGACGCGCAAGAUAUAGUUGUGGGUGGGUUCCCUGACAUUAUAAGUCUCUGUGAGGAUUUACAGAUCAUGGGAGAACAAAAUGCUGUAUUAUCGAGAUCGGGAUACUUGCCAAAAGAUGUAUUACUUGCUGCCAAUGAGAUAUACAAGAGCUUGCAUGGGGAAGUGCACGAUGGAGAAGUAACACUUCCGGCCACUUUCAAUGUUAUAUUUAUGAUUGGAUGGAAAAAGAGUGAAGACCAACCCAAACCAUUAGAAAGAGGAACUGGACAAGUUAACUUGAAGGAUAUCCUUUAGUUUUGUAAAGUGUAUAUAGGAAAUAGAACUAU